AUGUUGACUGUGGCAUAUGGUGAAGCUACCUUGGACCGAAGCAACGUUUAUCGGUGGUACAAAAUGUUCUCAGAGGGCCGAGAAGAUGUGAACGACGAAGAGCGUGCCGGACGCCCGAGCACGUCAACAACAGACGAAAACAUUGAUGAAGUGAAGAAAAUAGUAUUGGCCAAUCAUCGAAUCACCCUUAGAGAAGUUGUUGAGGACCUAAACAUAUCGAUUGGCUCAUGCCAUUCGAUUUUUACCAAUGAUUUGGGCAUGAGAUGGGUCGCCGCGAAAUUCGUAUCAAAAUUGCUCAAUUUCGAUCAAAAACAGCAUCGCAUUAACAUUGCUAACGAGCUGUUGGACUCCGCGACGACCCAAAUGUGCUCCAGAGGGUCAUAA